CGACCGUAGUAACCAAUUUAAAUGACAAAUGAGAGAUUAUAUUAUUGUUAUUUUGAAAAUGCAAGAGUGUCAUUUUAAAAUAAAUAAAUACAUGUACAAAUCCGUCACUGCUGAAAACCGAACCUCGAGACCAAAAAAGAAGCGUGGGACCCUAGCCGUUGUUUUAGAGUCAUCAUAAUGUUAUAAUGUUAUAUGUUAUGCUUUAUUGAAACAAAUAAACUGAUUCCCGACCCUGUGCAACGCGUGCGCGCACAGAAGAAAGGCUUGGCGGAGCGCGAGGCAGCAUGGGAAAACGAAAACGUCGCUAAGUUUUUAAAACAAUGGAAACAGGAUGAUGAUGGGCCCGCACGGAAUAAACAGGGCUGUCCAGCGCUUGGUGUUCUCUCGUUGUCAGCACGGCCUGGGUGUAAAAAUCAUUGGAGGGUAUCGAGAGCACACCGGUGAAGAGUAUGGCAUUUAUAUCAAGAGGAUUCUUCCUGGAGGGGUUGCUGACAGAGACGGGAGACUACAACCUGGCGAUCUUGUUUUGGAUGUUAAUAAUGAGAGUUUGGGAGGUGUGACCAAUGAGAGGGCAGUUGAUAUCCUGCGGAUGGCCUCUGCAUCCAACCACAUAUCCCUCUUGAUCGCUCGGGAUGAGGAAUCGAAGAGAGUAUUUCGUGAGCUGUUGGAGAAGAACGGUUCUCAUAGUAAUGCAGGGUCUGAACGAAACUCCCCUACUCCGCUGGCAGCUGGGAAGAUGACAGAAAGCACAUCAUCCACUUCUUCUUCCUCGAGGUCUCAAAGCCCCCAGCUGCUGAGCCCGAAGGAUAUUGUUACGAGCUACUGUAACAGCUAUGGGGUCGUGCCAGUAGCCAAUGACAAUGCAAUUCAGUUGAUAUGCGUUGCCAAGGGAACAGGUUUAGGCCUGCACAUCGUGGGAGGAGCUAAUCGACCAGAGGGACCAAUGGUGUACGUUCAGGAAACCGUAUCAGGAGGAGCAUGCCAGAAGGAUGGUCGGCUUAGGCCUGGGGAUCAGAUUGUAUCUGUAAAUAAGGAGUCCUUCAUUGGCGUUACAUAUGAAGAGGCAAACAGUAUAUUAACCCAGACGAAACUCAGACCGGAUCCAACGGUGGAAAUCGCGUUCAUUAGAAGAAGCUCCGGGAAAGGUCUCCAGAGCCCUGUGGGGCUGCAGCCCCAGGUGAAAGGGAAUGGGAAUCUACUGAGACCCACAGGACUGGGCCUCCACUCCCCCCCGGGGAACCUCAUUCCAAAGAUGUCAUCCACCCCCAACACGGGAAGCGAGACCCUGCCUUCAGUGAAACUCAGCCAAAUACGAGCGGCUCCUAAGAGAAGAGACGAGUCUCCUGUGCUCUCACCGGACAGCACUCUCCCGGAGGAACCCGGCUCUGCCAUCUCUCCCAGUCCCAUGGAAGGCUGUACACCCAAAGGAAGAAAGAUUUCCCUCAAUUCCACGAUUCGAUUGAAGCUGGACAGACUGCAGCAGGCGCUGGGAUACCUUGGGAUCAGACCUACAGAGGAGCAGGAGCGGGCGCUGAGGGAGCAGCUCCAGAUCGAUUCCAAAGGGACAGUGGCCUAUGGAGAAUUUGUGCAAGUCGUCCGAGACCUUUUCAAGUUGCAGUUGGAUGACGCUGGGAUUGGCCAGGGAAUGAUGAGAUUUGCAGCGACUGAUCUUACGAACCUUCUUGAGCCGACACACCAGCCGCAGCUCGCUGCUUCUGAUUCCGAGGAACUGGAUGAGAUGGAGAGACUGAAAAGGGAUCGGAUUGAGGCUUUAAGAGAAGCAAGGAGGUUGCAGGAUCAGCUAGCAGAAUCUGAAGGCCUUCGUGCACAAUUGCAAGAGGAGCUUAAAAAAGUAAAACAACAUGUCGCAGUGAAGGAAGCGAAGGCUGCAGUGGAGGAGACCAGGGCUUUGCGGAGCCGGAUCCACCUGGCAGAGGCCACCCAGAAGCAGGCCCGGGGCAUGGAAAUGGACUACGAGGAGGUCAUUCGCCUCCUGGAGGCUGAGAUAGCCGAACUGAAGGCUCCGCGCACUGACCAACCCAACAGCAUCAAAGACGGGGUGCAAGAUCUGAAAAAGAGGGUCGCUGUGCUGGAAUGUCAGCUCCGAAAAUCAGAGGGCGCCAAGAAAGGGUUCGAGGUGUCCACAGAGAAGCUGCUGCAGUUUGUGGAGGUUGUGCACGAUGUCCUUGCCGAGAAUCCAAGUUUUAGUUCUCCGAGUGAUUGGAAGCUUGGCAUGACUUCCUCUUCUCAAGCGAUCGCGAGCAGGAUUGGAAGAAAGGGACCACGAACCACCACAGCACUCGCACAAGAAGCCAAAGAUCUUAGCAGAUCUGUUAGAUCCAUUCUUGAAGUAGAUUGUCUGCCGUACGGCUGGGAGGAAGCGUACACAGCAGACGGGAUCAAGUACUAUAUUAACCAUGUGACACAGACGACCUCGUGGGUCCACCCUGUGACCAGUGGACUCGGUCUGUCUCACUCGGAGAGAGACGGAGAGGACGUCACCAGAGACCUCCAGGAGCACAGAAGUUAACCCCGAAACCACGGAGCAAGAAUCCGUACCCUGCUGCGUAUCCCAUUCCCAUUGUGCUCCACUGGCCCUUGCUUACCUCCAGUACUCCUACACACACCAUUCACAAACUGCAGGCGUUAUGCCUGGUUUAGAUACAGUGCACAGUGCAGUACCAUAUACAGUGUGUUUCAUUAUGAUCGUUUUCAUAAAGAGAAAAUAGUCAAUGUAAGUUGGCAAAGUAAUCCAGUGUAUUUUCACAGACCCCCGUCAGCACUAAUCAUGGGCUUCUUACUUUAGGAAGACCAUGAUUAGUGUUAAUCAGGAGUCUGUGAGACUAGUGUGUAAAAUCUUAGGUUUUUAAUAUUUGUAUUAUUUUAGACAUGUUUUUUUUCCAGCACCAUGAAGUAUUUCUUUAUUGAACACUAAUCCAGGUUUUAAAGAUCCUAACAUGAAUCACGUUCCUUAACUGUUCUUUUUUGAGCUAUAACUCUUAAUCUUAAGGGCUGGUUCAGAAAUGACCCGCACCAAAGUGGAUCCCUCCCUUCUUUGUUGCAUCUUUCAGUUUUCAGGUUAUAACACUCUGGAUAUUUUAAUGUACCACUAAGCUGUGAUACCAUUGACAUAAGGACUCUGUUUGUUUGUUUGUUUUUGUUUUAAUUAUGUGUUGUUGCAAUUCCACCUCCUCAGUUAAGGUCAGCGUAGACGCCACUCAUGUGUUCAGUAUUUUACAUUAACACAGUGGUCGGCAACCUUUCGUCUUACAGUCCACUCAGUUUCAAGACUACCAGAUCUUUAAUGACUCAAUUGAUCUCCAGCAGCAGCAAGGUCAGUUGUAUAAUUAUGGAACUGGUUGACACAAAGUCUUACCAAGGUUCUCUAACCCCUGCUUAAACACAAGCCAUGUGGAUAUAAUAAAGCCUGUAUGAACGUAUAUGUUGUAUAAUUAGUUAUAGAGUACACUUUCAAAGCUAAGCGAGAGUUGUCGGUUUUCAAGCGAGAAAGAAUCUGUGCCAAGUAGGUCUAACGGUAGAGCUGCUGCACGCAGUCCAGGCCAGUUUCCAUGUUCCAUUGACAAGUAAGGAUGUUGUGAUUUUGUUUAUUUUAAAUUAGGACAGAAGCAAAGGGUCAGGCAUAAACACGGCGCAGAUGAUGUCAAGUUUCCAAAUCUCAGUGGAAAUUUAAAAAAACAAAACAAAAAAAAAACACAACAAAGUAGAAAGGAAGGAAGAGCAAACCCAUUGCUGGAUCCGGCGAUUUGUAUUCGUUUGCUGAACUUAAUCAAAAGGAAAACAUAGCAGUCUUAUUAUUCUGAAUUAGGAUAACCCAGACUGCAUCUUUGAACCUGAAUCUGCACACAAUGGAUUGUUUUUAAAAUCCUAAUAGGAAAUCGUAUGAUUACGUGAACGUCGGCCACAUUAGAGCUUUUUGAUUUCCACAUCCUACAAGUAAACACUGCCUUCAUCAAAAAGCUAGUUUGAGUCAGACCUCAAGUGUCCUGUUUUAAAGCUUGGGCAAAGCCAUUCGAAGAGGAAUGAAACCAUUUUAACAGUACGAUAGACUCACGCCAAUCCAAACCUGCUGGUCCCAGCUGUGCUGUCACUGGAACCAUGCUAUUAGAAUGAAUGUCAUGCGGAUUGCUGCUGUAGUAAAUGCACUUCAAUAUCCUACGUGACGAGUGUGUAAAACAUAUCCCAUUGUCUCUGUAUGUGUUGUUCAUGUUGUUAUUCCACAUUUCUGAUGAUUGGACAUGUUAGUGUGGUGCAGAUUCUGAUCAGCGAGAGGCUGCUGUGGAAAGCGAGCAGGUUGUUAUUUGCUAGUUUUAAUUUGGUUGCAGUUAUUUUGUUUUUUUGAAUGUAAUUCAAAAAUAGGACCCUGCUUGAUAUGAAAAAGCAUUGAACGUUUUCUCAUCGGGAUCACAUUGAAAUGAUAUGAAGCCAACAUCAACCCAAACACAUUCCACACCAUGCUUAUUCAAAAUGUAGCAGAAUUCAAAUGCAGUUUCUUUUACUGUUCAUUUCAGUGAUAUUUAGUGAUAUGGUGGUUUAAAGAGUUUUGCCUGCAUUAUGGAUGUUUUCACAUUUGAAAACUAAAAAUACAUUUUGAAAUGGACAUUUGAAACACAUUUGAAGUGUGUAAUACAGGUUAAAAGGUCUUGCAAGGUUUCUGUUUAAAUGUCUCUUGUCUCCCGUGUAAAACAAAUACACAUGGUAUUAAAUAAGCAAUCUCCGGAGAACGCAGUUAAAGGAUGGUCCAUACCGAGUGACGGAUCAAACAGAAACCGUCCACAUACACAUACAUACAUACAUACAUACAUACAAACAUUUUACUUGGGCAGUAUAUCCUGUGGAUUAACAUGAGGAGGUUGACUGGUAUGAAUGCUUGAAUGUUGAAACCUUUCAUGUGCAAUUUUUAUGUGUUUUUCUUGUCAUUUUUAUUUCUGUUACACCACACUGUAUUUAUUUCUUUUUAAAAUGUGUUUAGUGAUAUGCUUUUAAAAUGUGUUGUUUUUAUUGCACAGCGGAUGGUAUGGUGUGGUUAAUUAAUGUAUACCUUAUGGGUGUCAACAGGCCUAAUAAACCAUGUAUCCAAUA